CUGAGGCUCCAGGACACCUACGUUGGGAACCCAGGGGAUUACGUGAAUGCUGCUGAAUAUGAAGCCUUGCUGCAGAAUUUGGCGGAUAGUGACAGCGGGGCCAAGCACGGGUCCCCGCCAGCUGCAAAAGCAGCCAUGGAGGGGCUGCAGAGCAUGUUGGUUGAAAAGGAGGAGGAUGUGAUGGUCUGUGCUAUAUGUAGGGAUACAGUAAGUAUUGGUGAAAUUGCCAAGAAUUUGCCGUGCAGGCACGGGUAUCAUAUCGAGUGUAUUGUUCCGUGGUUGGGUUCGAGGAAUACAUGCCCUGUUUGCAGGUUUGAGCUGCCCACUGAUGAUCCGGAUUAUGAGGAGGAGAGGAAGAAGAGGGUUGUUGUGGGGGGUUUAAGGGCAGCAUCCUCUGGUUCUUCUUCUGGUGAUGAUUCUGGAUUUGAAUGA